AUGGCUUCUUCCAUCAGAGCCUUGACCUCCAAGGGUCGCUUGACUCCCCUGUGUCGAGUCCGUGCUUCAGCGCCUGCCAUCUCCCUGCAAAGACGAGGCAACGCCACGACUGUUCCCUUCAGGCUUCCUGCCGCUCGCAAUGAGCCUAACCCCACAUACACCAAGAACUCUCCAGAGAGAGCAAAGGUCGAGGCAGCCCUAAAGAAGCUCCGCUCUCAGCUCCCAGUCAAGAGCGAAAUCAUCUUCAAUGGCGUCUCCCAGCAAAUACACGCCAACGAGGAUCAAGUCCUCCCCGCAGAGCACGCGACCGUCUUCACAAACUACCCCCUCGCCAGCAAAGAACAGGUCAACGCCGCUAUUGAAUCCGCCCUCAAGGCGAAGGAAGACUGGCAAAACACACCCUUUGUCGAUCGAGCGGCUAUCUUCCAGCGCGCCGCUGAGCUUGCUACCACCAAGUACCGCUAUGAGCUUAUCGCUUCCACCAUGCUCGGUCAAGGCAAGAAUGUCUGGCAGGGCGAGAUUGAUGCCGCCGCCGAGCUGGCCGAUUUCUUCAGAUUGGCUGGACAUUACGCUGCUGAGAUCAUGAGCAAGCAGCCCGAACGCGGCACAGACGGUAUCUGGACGCGCAUCGACUACCGACCUCUCGAAGGCUUCAUCUAUGCCGUUUCCCCCUUCAACUUCUCCGCCAUCGGUGGUAACUUGAUCGCGCCCGCAAUCCUGGGUAACGUUGUCCUCUGGAAGCCUUCCCAGUACAACAUCCACCCUAGCACCAUCAUCUACAAGAUCCUCCAGGAGGCCGGUCUUCCCAAGGAUGUCAUUCAGUUCGUCCCUGGUGAUGCCGCCGAGAUUACCGAGACCGUUCUGCAACAUCGCGAGUUCGCUGGUCUGAACUUUGUCGGCUCUUCUGAAGUCUUCCGCUCCAUCUACGGCAAGAUCGGUCAGGGCAUUGCUGAGAAGCGAUACCGCGAUUUCCCUCGCGUCGUUGGUGAGACUUCCGGCAAGAACUUCCACCUCGUCCACCCUUCAGCCGACAUCAACAAUGUCGUCAACCACACCAUCCGCGGCGCCUUUGAGUACCAGGGCCAGAAGUGCUCUGCUACAUCACGCGCAUACGUCCCCGAGUCGCGCGCCAAGGAGUUCUUCUCUCUUAUCCAGCAAAAGAUGAAGGACAUCACAAUCGGCAACCCCGACAAGGACUUUGAGGCUUUCAUGGGUCCUGUUAUCCACGGCCGAUCCUUCGAGAAGAUCAAGAAGAUCAUCGACGAGAGCAACAAGGAUCCUCAGGUCAAGCUCAUCGCUGGUGGCAAGUACGAUGGCUCUGUCGGAUACUUUGUCAACCCUACUGUCUACCAAGUCGACUCUCCUGACCACCGUCUCUUCAACGAGGAGAUCUUCGGUCCCGUGUUGGCAGUCCACGUUUACAAGGACUCUGAGUACACUCCUCUCCUCAAGAAUAUUGACCAAAAUGGUGGUGGUCUCGCUUUGACUGGUGCUGUCUUUGCCCAGGACCGUGCUGCUAUCCGCCAAGCCGAGGACGCGCUUCGCUACUCUGCUGGUAACUUCUACCUCAACUGCAAGACCACUGCUGCGCUCAUCGGUCAACAAUCCUUCGGUGGUGCCCGAAGCUCUGGUACCAACGACCGAGCCGGCAGCCCCGACAUGCUCCGACGCUUCGUCUCUCCUCGACUCAUCAAGGAGGAAUUCUUUGAGCAGACUGGCUUCCUGUACCCCUCCAACACCCAAUAG